CCUCUGUGUUCCGAUUUGGCGCGGUCGGCGCGGUCGACGCGGUCGAAGCCAUGGGCUGCCAACAGAGCCACAAGCAGGACAGCCCGCGGCCGACCUCGGGUGAGAAGCUGCUGAAGAACCAGGGGUCUGAGAAGGCCACGGGCAGCCUCAGCGGCUCGUCCGCCGGGAAGCAGGGCGCACUCCGCGCGCACUUCCUGUCGGAGGACUACCAGGAUGGCCUCGACAUGAACCCAGCGGAAACGCAGUACAAGCUGGAUGCUCAGGCGCAGGUGCCCCUCUACAAGCACCAGCAGACAGGCGUGAUCACCUGGCGUCGCGCCAUUGAGCUCGCCUCCUCCCGGUACCGGGCGGAUGAGACCACUCUUUUGUUUCACUACACGACCAAAGGCAACUUUUACGCCAUUUGCUCUGCUGCCUACGUCACGCCUGAGCUCUGGUCGGCGCUGAAGGACACGGACGGAAGCGUCCAUGGGCUGAUGGAGGAGCCGGACCAGCUGGGAACCAAAGCGGCGAUCGCCGCCAUGGCGCCGGUGAAGACCAACGCCACCACCUCCUCGCCCUACACCUUCCGUAACGUAGCCAGCGGCGUGCCGUCCGCCAACGCGAGAUACUGCCUAGCCGUGCUGGCGCCCAAGGACCUGAUCAGGUCGGCGGCGACACAGCCCGGCGCCAACGGGGCCGCACAGACACAUACGAUUGUGUGCCCAGAUGAAGCUGCGUGCCUGAAGCUGGCAUGCAGCAAGAGCGAGCAGCGCCUGAAGCGUAUCCUCGAGGCGCGGCAGGCGGCGCUGGGCGCAGAGCACCCUGAGACGCUCAUGGGCUCCAACGAUCUUGCCGCACUGAUCGUGGCGCAGGGCCGCUUCGCGGAGGCGGAGCCCAUGUACCGCAGGACGCUGCAGUGCCUCCAGGCGCGCAUGGGCCAGAACCACCCGGACGCCUUGCGUACGGCCUGCAAUCUCGCGGCGCUGCUGGCGGCCAUGGGAAACACCAGCGAAGCGGAGAAGCUCUACCGGCACGCGGCCCAGGGCUUGGAGGCGGAGCUGGGCCCAAAGAACUUGGACACCCUGUACUGCCUCAGCAAGCUGGCGCAGGUACUCAAGACUCGGGGCUACGCCCAGGAAUCCGAGCAGUACCUGCAGCGGGUGGUGAAAGGCAUGAACCAGAAGCUGGGGGCCCAGCACCCGGACACCUUGUGCAACGUGGCGGCCCUGGCCUCCGUGAUGGAGCAGCUGGGCCGCGCCCAGGAGGCGGAGCCGGUGCAGAACAAGGCUCUGGAUGGCUUCAAGGGACGCCUCGGCGACAGCCACCCAGACACGGUGGAGAGCAAAAUGGGCCUGGCCUCCAUCCACACAGCCCUGGGCAAGCACGAGGAGGCCGAGCCCUUGCUCCAGGAGGUGCUGGAGUGGCGGGAAAAGAAGCUGGGCCCUCUGCACCCGGACACGCUGGUGUGUCUGAACCGCCUGGCGGAGACGUCUUUGGCCCUGGGCCACCUGAGACAGGC